AUGGCAUUGAAACUAGAUCAUUUUAGCCUGCUGCAAGACCCCUCCGGCGAAAAUGAUCCCAUCAAGAGUUUUUUUUUUCCUUAUGCUAUCUAUUUUCAUUUUUGUUUCCAGAGGAGUUUGCCAGGCGGGUUCAUAGCCAGUUUGCUCUUCAACAGCUCGUUGGUAUCGAGAGUUUACGAAAAGGUUGUUCAGAAGCUUAUUUUUAUAAAAACUCAAGAAUUUUUCGCAGAAUGUAAUGUAAUGAAAAAGUUGAUACGGGAUCCACAGAAUAUGCGGCUAGAUGAAGAUAAUUUUCGAGAAUAUAUUCCUCUCACUACUUUGAUGGUUUGUGAGGCAAUAAAUUUGCUUUUUAUGAUUCGCGUUUUGCAGAAGCUUCUGGAAGAGUUUCAAGAAACUGGCGAGCUUCGAAAAUUGUUCACAGCUCGAUGUAUAAACAAUUUGGUGCGCAUUUCUAAGAGCCACACUUCUAUCAUUGUCGAUUAUAUAGGUCGUUUUUUGGGAAGUUCCAAGUGGUCUACCAAGUUAUUUUUGUAGAAAGCUAUCUCGAUUCGAGCAUUCAAACAGCCAAAAUUCAUAGCCAGCUUCUUCAGUUGAGUCCUGACUGCAAGCAUGUCCUCAGAAAUGUAAGUUUCCUAUUUUUCCAGUUACUUUUUUAAGAGGCAGAAUCCUCGAAUGCCUCAAAACACUGAAAACGUCUUUUUUUAAAGACUUUCUUUUGUUUAGGUAUUUUCAAACAAGAAGACCAUAUUCGCUUUUGUUUGAUUUUAAUUUCAAAUAACUUUCCAGGGUCUCAAAAGCUACAUUAUCGACCAACUUCAAAGGAUUUUCGCGGACAUAAACGAGGUUUUUUACUCAUUCUUCUUUCUAAUUGUUCCGACUUUGCAGAAUCAGGAAUAUUACUCGGAAUAUGUGGUCGCCGUCAUAUUUUUCUUGCUCGAAGGCAGGCGGAAGAACAAAAUUCCAAUUAAUGUAGAACUUACUUUCGAGUAGUUUUAAUCGUAUGAAGAUUAUUUCUAGGAAUUGAUGGCCUCAAAAUUGCUCAUCUACUUCGAAGAAUUCGUUUUUGUGGAGAUCGGAUUAAUCAAACGUCAGCCCAUCUUUGAAAUGUUUGUUUCAAACUUUCGGAUUUUCUAAAAAAUGAAAUUUAUCCAAAAUUCGCAUUCCGUUGAAGUUUUGUUUUUAUUUUUUGCAUAAAAGUGAGAGAAAACAUGAAAGAAAAAAAAUUAUUAAUUCAAAAAAAAGUUUAGUUUUAAAUUUGGGGUUUCAGUUCUUUUAUUCCCAUUUGAACGCAUUUAUCUUCAUUAUAUUCUAAACCUCGCUGUUGUUACUUUUUUUCGGAAUUAACUAGAAAGCUUUCAUCUAGUUAUCCCGAUCUCAUACAUAUCUUAUGCACAACUCUUUUUUUUCUCAAAAAAAAAAAAUGAAGGAAAAUAAUUACAGUUUGUCUUUGAACCAAUACCGACAAGCUCUCAACGAAUUUCGCAUCCUCGACAGAGACAAUAGUGGAAUGCUCAGUUACUCGAAGUUGUGCCGCUUCCAAAAGUUUCCCGCUCUUCCUUAGAAAUCGAAUUCUAUUUUCUUCUCAAAUUCAGUGACACCUUCAAUACAUUUUUUCUGAAACGAGUGCCUGAAAUAUCGCAGUCGUACAUUUCGACGUUCAGUCAGUUGGAACUGGACUUCAGAGGAUUCGUCGACUUUUAUACGGCUGUCAAGUUCAAACAUGUUUGUUUUUUUUUAUGUUUCAAGUUAUUAGAUCCUAUUCGAUAAAAAGAAAAAUCUACGAUUUCGAAGCGAAAAAAAAAUCAGUUUUUCUUGCUGGCCAUAUUUUUUUUUUGUUAGUAUCUUGCUGUCACAAACAGGUUUUAAUAAAAGUUUUGACUAUUUUGGCAUGGAUUUUGCAAAACGAAUCUUUUAGACUCGGGCCGGUGCGAAAUUCCACUUUGAGCUUUUCGAUUUGAACAACGACGGUAUCAUCGACGCCGAUGAAGUCAAGCAAUUUGUAAAUUCUCUGCCUCCUCCAUUAGCUAAUAUGAAAUAUCUAAUUUUAAGUGUAGUUACGUUCCGAAUUUUUUCCCUCCGGACGAAGCGUCGCCUGACUUUGAAAAUCUCACCACGGAACUUCUUGACAUGAUCAAAAGCGAUGCCAGAUCGUAAGAUUCCCAUGAAAACAAACUUUAAAAAAAUUAUUUUGUUCAGGAUCACAUUGGAAGAAUUCCUUGCGAGUCCUAUGAGAGCGACUUUUUCCGGCGUCAUUUCUAACUAUACCGACUUCAGGUGUUACGAAACUCGCGAAGAGUCCUGA